AUGCAGAGAAAGGCCUUUGUUAAAGACAGGACAACAGGAGGCAAACUCAAGUCUAUGCCAGAUCUUGCGGAGAAUGCUUCCAACUCAAGGGUGAUACCACCCGAAAUCGUAUAUCAGAUUUUAACGUUCCAGUUCAGGGAUUUAAUGAGCAAUGACUAUCCAGGAAACCCCGAAAAGUUUACAGAAAACUUCAGAACCUUUGUGAGAAGCAACUUAACCGUCAAUAAGACGUUCUACCACGUCUGUCGUGUGCUGAUUUACAGGUACUGUAACCUCACCACAGCAAGGCGAUUCCACAACCUCCUGGAAGCUCUUAGACAGAAUGAAAGGGUGCGCAACAUAGUACAAGUAGCUGACUUUCAAGAGUUGACAUCGAUAGGGCUCGGACGCUCAGGUGAGAUGAACAAAAUGAUCAAGAACCUUACGAAUGAAACGCUUUCCGAGUUUUUGGAGCUGACGAAAUCUAAUCUUAGAGAAUUUCUGGCAUGCGAGCAUAUCCAGGAUGAUCUAGAUGCGAAUAUAGUUUAUCAACUACUGCGACCUGGGACGGUUUUAAGUGUUUUGGACUUUUGCGGCUGCUCGGGUGCCAAGUUCACUGAGAGUUGCAUAGCAGCACUGGAGAGAUUAUAUCGUUAUGACGAGUUAAAGCAACAGUACGUUACCAACGAAGAGAACUACCAAGUUACAUGCUUAGGAUUGAACGAUUGUACUGAUCUCCCAUCACCCGUGCUGGGUAGAAUACUUCAAAUGUUACCUGAACUGCAGAAACUAGAUCUAGGCCACACCUCUAUUGAUGAUGAGACUUUAAUGAACAGCUUGCCGCAUUUGAAGAAUCUGACUCACCUUUCCCUAUCUAUGUGCUUAAGGCUUUCUCCCCGGGGAGUCCUGGAGUUUUUUAGCCACCAUCCUGCGUUAACUGAUGAGAAUAACUUGAAGACCCUGGAAUGGCUAAAUUUAUACUCCAUGCCCCAUUCGUCCUCGUGGACCUCAGUGCAUACAAUGUUUCUUUUGAAGAAACUUUGUCAAUUCGGCCAUAAUAAGACGCUUCAAUACCUAAACUUAGGCGGUAUGCCCUUCCAUGAAUCCGAUGACCCAUCUGCUUUUAAAUCCACAUACUACUACCAGUGUAGCGACACGCUCCAGUUCAUCAAGUAUAAUUUUCCGAAAUUAAAAUGUCUAAGCAUAAGAGGUAACAACUUCCCCAUCACGAAGAUCUGCGAUUUCCUGAAACCUGUAAGUAUUCAAAACUUUGCAGGAAAAAACGGCCAAGAAAUCGAUGAGCACGACUUGCCGCAGGUUCAGCAGCUCAAAUUUCUCAACAUCAGUAAUAACGUUCAUGUUAAUAAGUGGACUAUUAAUGAUCCUGGCCUUUUCACGAGUUCGCAAAGCCUUGUUGCCUUGGAGGUCUCUUUCGAUGCAUGGCAACAGGUGGAGAAAUCAAACGAGAGACAUGAGAUAAUUGCUCUGCGCUAUAAAAAUCCGGACUCUAUCAUCAAAGAUACGGCAGAUGCAGAAAUCGUUAAAUGGAGAUGUUAUAUUGAUUCGUCAUAUGGCAGGAGAUAUUGGCUCCACAGAGUAGAUGAAUAUUUGAACCCAGCUGACCUGGAAAAGAAAGGGAAUAUUUCGAAAUAUGAUUCCAAUGGAAACAAGAUCAUUGAAAUCACAAAGCAACCAGAUUUUCUGAAGUUCGCUCAAAGCAAAAUCAUGUUAGGUUGCGGCAUCGUCCCACUCAGCGCCGUCAGGAGAAAAGAAUGUUAUCGAGAUCUAAACCCUCCGAUAUCUCAUUUUUUCACUAGAAGUGGGAAUGCUACCCUGGGUCAAGCCCCGACGCCAAUUCUAGGCCCAAGGUUACCUCCUGGUGGUUGGAGAGUCUUACAUCACAACGAGGAAGAAAAUGGCGGGACAAGCGACGUUAUUCCCGAAGAGGACGAGGAAGACGACGGAGAUGAAAGUACGAACGACAUGAGGGACUCGUUCGCUUCAUAUGAGAACCCCGAGCUCUCACCUGCAUAUGCAAGCGACCGUAUUGGCAGCAGAAAUGGGCUGUACUGGGACAGGUCUAUGCAAAAUCUGCAACUGCGCAGUCAAGAGGAGCCACCAGCGUUUUCAUCUCCUUCACGACAAUCGCAGCUGCAGCUACAUCAAGCACCCGAGGGCAUCAGCGAAGUUGAAGAGACCGAUGAUGAGUAUCUCAAUGACACAUCGCUGCAGCGUCGCAGGUCGCAACUCAGUAUCUUAGGAUUGGCAUUCUCUCAUCCUGCCGUAAGUCAAAGAUGCAAUGAUCGAGCUUCUUCUGGCUCACUUGUGAUCCCACUCAGGAAACCGAAAAACUACUACCAACUACAUCCACAAGAGUUCGUCUUUGACACCAAAUCCUCCGAAACCACAAAACUCUACAGGAUUCAUUUCGAAUUAGUGAGCGAGUAUGAAGUUUUCGGCUGCAUUGAACGAGGAAUGUAUCGAUACUACGGGCUGAAGACGUGA